GCUUUGCAAUCAAAUAGUGCUGAACUGCCAAGACAGUGUGUGUAGAGCUCAGAAGGCCUAAUAUCCCAAUGGAGGUUAUGGAUUUGUAAUAAAAUAAAUUAAAACUCUCAUAUUCAGCCACACGUAUUAUCUGGACAAAUAGUUAUGGGAAACAGGAUGCUGGCUGGAGACGCAUAGGAAGGGGUUAGGGCACAUUGCACGCUCUCUCUCUCUCUCUCUCUAAAGCAUCACCAACAAAAGGGUACAAUAAGGACAGUGUUCUAUGAGGGACAAAAGGCCAGGGCUGCAGCUUCGUGGCAGAGCAUCUGCUUUGAAUGUAGAAGGUCCCAGGUUCGGUCCUCGGCAUCUCGCAAGCAGGACUGAGAGACCCAGGUUCGAAACCUUGGAGAACUGCUGCCAGUCUGUGUUGAUUAAAAUACUGAUUCAGAUUGAUUGACUCAGUAGAAGGGCAGCUUCCUGCAUCAAUCUGAGUUUAUGCAGUGCAGAAGAUGCCUGGUGCUCCAUUGGCCUGCACGCAUAGAGGCUGCUCUUCUGCCCCUAACAUUUAGAGUCAGCACAAAACAUAGGAACAGAGGCAGCUGCCAUAUACUGAGUCAGACCAUUGGUCUAUCUAGCUCAGUAUUGUCUUCACAGACUGGCAGCGGCUUCUCCAAGGUUGUAGGCAGGAAUCUCUCUCAGCCCUAUUUCAGAGAUGCCUCCAGGGAGGAAACUUGGAACCUUCUGCUCUUCCCAGAGCGGCUCCAUCCCGAGGGGAAUAUCUCCAUUCAUAUGCAACCAGGGCAGAUCUUGCAUAGCUAAAGGGACAAGUCAUGCUGGUCUCCUCUUUCAUUAGAAGCUGGGGGGGGAGGGGGAGAGAGAGAGUGUGUGUGUCAGACAGUUCCGUGGUCAAACCAUUCUUGUAGUUAGGAGAUUCCCUAAUGAAUCUGUUCCCUCCUACUUCCCCGGGGGUUACCAACCUCCAAGUGAUUCUUGAAAGCCAUCCUGGAGAUUUUAAGGGUUUGAUGUGAAGAAUACGGGGAGUCAGGGGUGAGCAUCUCCAGGGCAAUCUUAAUCUGAGGGCAACCGAGAACAAGGCCUGCUCCUUCUCCAGCGUGAGGCAGCCCUUCAGAGAUUUGAAGACAGCUGUUGCCUCUCUCCUCCGGAAGGGGCGUGACUUGGGCUUGAACUGCCCCCUCCCCAAAGUCCAUUAACUUUGUGUGUUAGCAGCUGAUGCAGCUAUUUCUCCUCCUCCUCCCUGUAAGGUUGCCAACCCUGAGUGGCCUGGGGUCUCCGGGAAACAUCGGGAAUCUCCAGCAGCAGACACCACUAGGAUGUUGCUGGUGCAGGCAGUGCUGGUGGCCUUCUUCCUCUCAGCCCCAGCAGCCGGCAACUUGGUUGUCAUUGACCAGGAUGCGGAGGAGUGUUUCGCCAAGGAGGUCCUAAAUGGCACGGAGAUCAGGUUCCUCUUUGAGGUGCUUGAGGGUGGCUUCUACGACAUCAGCGUGGAGAUAACAGCACCUAAUAACAGGAAGAUCUACGAAGUGCAGCGACAGUCCGGUGGGGCGUACAUCUUUGAUGCUGAGAUGAGUGGAACGUACCAGUUUUGCUUUAAUAACAGGAAGGCCAGCGCAACUCAAAAAGUAGUGAACAUCACACUGGACAUAAGUGAACCUCCCAAGCAGGCAGCUAUGGAGACAGAAUGGAGCAACAUGUCUUUGGCAUCAGCUGGGGAAAUUAUGGCUGCUGUGUUGCGCUUGGAGAUCGCUGUGAACACCACAAUUAGACUUUUGCAGGACCGAGUCUCCAGAUUAGAGAGAACUGUGGAAAAAAUGAGAACAGCCAGGGGCGGCCUGACAACCUACCCAUCUGAAGAUGCGGAAGGCUAAGGUUCUGUUUUCCAUGUAACGUUUUCCUUAAAAAUGACUUGCAAUGUAACUCCUUCUCUCUGAAUAGGCUGUCAUGUAGCCACUUUGAAUUACUGCUGCAUAUGCAUGCUUUUAUGCUGAUAGUAUGUUGUGAUGUAACAACACUGAAGAACUUGCCGUUGCAUAGAGUUAAUCAAUUCCAGAAGAAAUGGGUUCUGCUUAAGCAAGCUGCAAAUACUGUGGCUGGAGUGAAGGGUAACAAUAAGCCACUCUCUCCCACAGCCAUCUACUUCCGGGGUUUUCAAACAAACCUAAUCAUGGAGGAGAGCUUGUUGUCGAGUGAAAUAUAGCCGUUUAAUCAGUCCGGCAGCUCCAAGGCCAUACAACCAAGCUAGCCUGUAAAAUUCAGCAUGCAAAAGACCCGAGAAACUUACUAAAACUAUAACUCAGCGAAGGAGCUCCCUGAAAAGGUUACUUGACUGGUCGCCAUCUUGCGCAGCCUCUUUCAAACGAACCUGUUGAACCUCUGCCAUUGUGGCUGGGGAUGAUGGGUGCUGUAGUCCAACACCACCGGGGGAUCCAGGUUUAAGAAGCCCUGCUGUGGGUUAGACACUUGACCUUGCCCAUAAAGAAAGGCCGAGGCAAGAGGAAGCAUCUGGGAAAUAGGUCCCAAAUUAGUUUCAGCCCAGAAGAGGCUGGGGUGGCGUUGAGUGGCUACAAACCUCAAGAUGGGAAGGCGAUCUCCAUCCCUGUGUGACUUAUACUACCAAAUUAGGAGAGAUGAGGAAAGAGGCUGGAUCAACCCAGUUCCAAAUACAAGCCCCAACAGCAGAGCCAAAUGGCAUUUGGCAUUGACAAAAUGCAGUUGUCAAGUUAGAAAGCCAUUUUAGACAAGAACAAUAGAGCUGGGCCGAGCACAGAGCAGCUGCGCCUCUAGUUGGGAACUGCCGCCCAUGUUAUCUUCUUCUCCCACCCCCUCGCUGUCUUCUAGUUCUCCCCCCACACCCACUGGCCGUUUGCCACCUGGCCAGGUGGCCCACCUUCUUCCUUCCUUUCCUCCCGCCAGCCAGCCAGCCAGCCAUUCACCGAUGCUUUCUCCCCCCACCACCCCUGCUUUUUUGCUAGCCGUCUUCUUCCCACCCACCUGCCUGCCAGCCGUCUUCUUCCCCACCCCCUGCCAGCUAUCUUCUUCCCCGCGCCGCCGUUUUCUUUGGCCAGCCGGCCAGCCACCCCACUGCCAUACCUGUCGCUAUCCAGGCAACUGCUUGCGAACUUUCGGGAGAGCUGCUGUGCACGGGAUUAGCCACGGGAAUGCCUUAGAGAAAUAUAGAUAGAUGGAUUACAGGAGACAAAUUGCUUUUCUCUCCAUGAUCCAUACUUCUAAGAGACACUAAAGUCUGGUGGUUGUUUUUUUUUAAAAGGAUUAUGAUGGGCAGGAUACUCAUGGCAACAAAAAUCACCAUUGCACAAAUCUAAAGAAAAAUCAUGAUACCCUAGGUAAAGAACUUUAGCUUCAGCACUCGGGCAUACAAGGUGAAUGGCUGAAGGAGCAGCAACUGUAUAGACAAGGGGAGGUAGAGAGAAAACGCUCAGGAAACCUUUGUAGACAGAUGAAAGUUUUUGGGAAAUGAAUGGAGGGAGACCACAGCUCUUUCAGGAUAUGACUUUCUAUUUUUGAUUGAGGCUUAAAUUCGAGGCGCAUGACUGUAUGUAAAGAUGAAAUCUAUAUUUGCUUUUUAAAAGUCAUCUCUGAACUGUUUGAUAUAUAUAUAUAUGUUAUAUGAAAAUAAAUAUAUAUUUAGAAACCCA